AACAUAGAUAUGUAUGUUUAAAAAAAAACAUAUAAUAGUGUGACCAGCUGACGUGCUGGUCCCAUGAAUUUGUCCAUCUCUGGUGAACAGCUGUCAUCAUCGCCGCCCUUGUAAAAAAACAACACCCUAAAAACGUGUUCCAGCGAUAUAUCAAGAUGGCCUUCAACUUCACCGCCUUCACUUACAUAGUGGCCCUGAUAGGCGAUGCAUUUUUAAUAUUUUUCGCAAUAUUUCAUGUCAUUGCCUUUGACGAGCUGAAAACGGAUUAUAAAAACCCAAUAGAUCAGUGCAACAGCCUCAAUCCGCUGGUUUUACCGGAGUACUUGCUGCACAUCUUUCUGAACUUGCUGUUCUUGUUCUGUGGCGAAUGGUUUUCACUUUGUAUAAACAUCCCCCUCAUAGCCUAUCAUUUUUGGCGCUACAAAAACCGCCCUGUGAUGUCUGGACCUGGACUUUACGAUCCUACCACGGUCUUAAAAACCGACACCUUAUCCCGGAAUAUGCGUGAGGGCUGGAUCAAAUUGGCCGUCUACUUGAUCAGCUUCUUCUACUACAUAUACGGCAUGGUUUAUUCGCUCAUCUCGACAUAGAGGUAUUGAGGCAGCUGCCUCGGGAUCUCAUCGUUGGCGCCAGCGCAUCCGCAUCGUGUAUUAGUUGUCAGAACUCAAGUGGAAGACUCCCUUUCUGGGUAGAUUCCCCAUCAACCGCGAACAAUACUUCACUUGUAAAUUCUAGUGUAAAACCUUAUGUCUGCAUUAAGAGAUUGUAACGUUUUUUAUUAUAAUUAUUUUUUGCAUAUCGCAUCCUUGGUGUAGAUGGAUUUUAAGAAUUAAAUAAAUGUCAAAACAAAGUAA